AUACUUGACAUUCGCAGCUUUUACCGAUUAUUAUUUUCGUAAUUAGAAGUCAACGAAACGGAGAAUUCUGAUUGGUUAAUUCCUUUGUGCAUUUUGCGUUUUCGCCUUUAUGCGAAUCCGUAAUUAAUAGAAAGUCACCGUAUAUCUAGUGACUUUACAUUCGGAAUUCGCCCGUCACUCUUGCCGAUCCUUUAUCAAGGAUAAAUUCAUCUUGCCUAUAAAGUCGAAAUCUCCUGCUUCAUAUCCACAUAAAUAGAAGAAACGAGGAUACAAGGAUGAAUAAAAAAAUCUUGCAAUAGUGUUAGCUGAAAAUAUCGAGUGAGGCAUGUGUGCGAUGGUGAUGAGCUUGUGAAUGCUUUGCUGAAUCACGAUGUCGGACGAUAUGCCGCAUAUCUCAUAUGGACUCGACAGUCGUGGAAGAAUAGUGCGAAUAGAAUCAGGUAUAACCAGAGCGAACAUCAGACGUCUUCCAAGUAUAGAGGAAGCUCUAAGGAGACUUAGUACAAAUCUGAGAGCCGAUAGACAACUAAGCGAGCCCAGUAAUGCAGAAGUAUCUGAUCCUCAAGUAGCACGAAUGGCAUCAUUGGAGGAUGAAAGUUCUCAGAAUGCAUAUGAUGAUACAACAACAGAUCAAGAACUGUCCGUCGACAUCACUGAUGGAGCAUCCUCUCCGAAUCAAAUCACAUCUAGCGUGCCAUCAUUAACUCCGGAAGAAGACAAGCGAUACUGUUGGGUAUGCUUUGCAACCGAUGAAGAUGAUGCAACUGCAGCGUGGGUUAAACCAUGUCAUUGCAGAGGUACUACAAAGUGGGUUCAUCGUUGCAUACAGAGAUGGGUCGAUGAGAAGCAGAAGGGUCAUGCUGGGCAUGCUGUGGCCUGCCCGCAAUGCAACACAGAAUAUAUUAUAGUUUAUCCAAACAUGGGUCCAUUAGUGGUAGUACUUGACACGAUUGAUGCUGUUAUCUUCCGAGUAUGUCCUUUCAUUGCUGCUGGUAUAGUAGUCGGAUCCAUAUAUUGGACAGCUGUGACUUAUGGUGCAGUUACUGUUAUGCAAGUGGUCGGUCACAAGGACGGCCUUAUCAUGAUGGAGCAGGCCGAUCCUUUAGUUUUACUAGUUGGCUUACCAACUAUCCCAAUUAUGUUAGUUCUGGGAAAAAUGCUUCGAUAAGAUCAAGCUCUUAGUUUUUUAAGACGUCAUGCAUCCAAGGUUCCUAUUUUAAGGCAUUUUCUACCAAGUAGUUAUUCCGAUGAGGAUACAAGUAUGCAAUCUGAAGAUAUACCACCAAUGAACGAUCCAGUGUCCGCAACGCGUGUUCUUUGUGGUGCGCUUUUAUUGCCAACUAUCGCCAGUUUAUGUGGAAGAUUAUUCUUCGAAAGCAUAAACUCUAACUUUCAAAGAACAUUGUUGGGCGGUGUAGCCUUUAUAACGAUAAAAGGUGCAUUCAAGAUUUACCACAAGCAACAACAAUACAAGAGACAAUGUCAACGUCGUGUAAUGGAUUAUACGGAGAACAAUGUAGCAUUAUAUAGACGGCAAGACCCCGAAAGUGAUCGAAGUUAAGUAAAUUCUCAACGAAUAUUCAAAUGCCAAUUAAUUAAUAAUGCAUAUAAUUUUUCAAAUGUAAAGCAGCUUAACUUUCUAGCAGCAUUUGAGUAUAAAAAAAUUUGACAUCUCUCUUCAGUGUCAUAUAUAUGAUCAUAAUACAGGUGUGAAAUAACGGAGACAGAGUUGUGUGUAUAUAUAUAUAUAUAUGAUUAUAUAAAAAUAAGAAUUGUAUAUGAGCAGUGUCUCACAGUGGUUAG